AUCCAUAGUAACCAUCACGAGGAUAGGCGUUGGAGUUUCGUGUGUGAAAGAACUUUUCAAGAUCCAUUGUGCUAUUUCACGAACUACGUCAACGACUGGGACUAUCUGAUUCAUUUUACCUGUGGUAAUGGAGAGGCGAUCGCGGGUUUUAGCAGUUACCAUAACAAUACCACUCAAGACAGAAAAUGGAAAAUCUAUUGCUGUAAAGACAAAAAUAAAUGUACAGACAACAACACUUGCACUUGGACAGAGUAUGUUAAUUACUGGGAUGGAGACUUGUUCUACAAUGUCCCCAGGGACUAUGUUUUAACAGGGGUCAUCAGUGAACACAACAACCAAGUUCAGGAUCGACGGUGGAAAUAUCAACACUGUCAACUGAAAUUUUUUUAACAUCGUGUUCGAGAAAGAACUUCUGUUUUCCUUUGUUUUAACCGCAAAUUAUAUUUUAAACCAUUUAGAGUAUAAAUCGUAAAACUUUUCUCUAUAAUUGUUAAAGCAAAAUACGUUGUAAUUUCUAUAUUAAGUAAUAAAAA